AUGGAGAAUUAUAUGAUUCGUUCUGAUAAUUUUCUUCGUAUUAUGUUCUUCAUCCUGUCCAUUUCUUUUGUGUCUGUGACAUGCGCCAAUACUCAUCAAAAAGGUGAGGUAGAUAAAGUUUCAUCUGUUUUUGAAGACGUUCGUAUUGGACUGGUGGUGGACAUGAGUUCCAUGGAAGGAAACUUUGUGAGAAGCUCAGUUUCCAUGGCGCUUUCUGAUUUCUAUCAUGUCAACAAGGGCUAUAGAACAAGGGUCUCUGUCUUAUCCAGAGACUCUCAUGGUGACCCUCUCCAAACUUUAGCCGCAGCCAUGGAUCUCCUGCAAACUAAACAAGUGGAAACACUUGUUGGUGGACAAUCGUUGUUUGAAGCAAAAGUUUUGGCAGAACUUGGAGAGAAAGCUAAAGUUCCAGUGAUAUCUUUCCAUGUGCCUAGCUCUUUAACCUUGACCAAAUAUAGUUACUUUAUUCAAGCAAUGCAUGAUACCGACUCUGAGGCAAAGGGCAUUACAACAUUAUUCCGCAAUUUUGAUUGGGCAACUGUUGUUCUUAUCUAUGAGGAUGAUGAUGACUGGAGAGAGAGUAUACAACCUUUGGUCGGACAUUUCCAACAAAACGCUAUUCACAUCGAGUACAAGGCUGAAAUUUCUGUGUCAUGUAAUGAAGAAUGUAUCAUGAAGCACCUAAGAAAGAUAAAGACAUUGGGGAUAAGGAUUUGCGUUGCGCAUGUCUCUGAAAGCAUUGCAAAUAUUCUUUUCCCAUGUGCUCGGACGUUGGGAAUGAUGGAGGAAGGGCAUGCAUGGAUUCUUACAGCGAGAAGCAUGAAUAAUUUUCAAGACACAAACUAUGUAGCAAAGGAGGCAAUGGAAGGUGUGAUUGGUUUCAAGUCUUAUAUUCCAUUAACCAUGGAACUUCACAAUUUUACUUUGAGAUGGAAGAGAUCUUUGCUACCCGAAGAAGUGACGAGGAUGAGCAUUUGUAGCAUAUGGGCUCACGAUAUAGCUUGGAGUCUUGCAAGGGCAGCAGAAUUAGCAACGCUACCAGGUUUGCAUAUCAAUGAUCUGCUUGAGACAAUUUUAGAAAGUACUACUAAGCAUAAAGGUUUUAGUGGUGAAAUAAAAAUAAUCGACAGAAAAAUAAUCUCAUACAAAUUUGAGAUUAUAAAUAUGAUAGGACGAGGUGAAAGAAGUGUAGGAUUAUGGAGUUCUGGUAGUUUCAUAGGUAAGAACAGAAGAAAAAAUUCGUCUUCUACCAAUGUACUUGAGACAAUAAUAUGGCCUGGAGGGUCUACUAGAAUUCCAAAAGCUCGUUUGUUGAAAGACGAGAGACAAAGUAAAAAGAAGAAGCUGAGAGUUUUGGUACCAGCGGGAAACUACAUACCACAAUUAUUGGAAGUCAAAACAGAUGUUAAAACAGGAGUCACAGCUGCUAAAGGUUACUGCAUAGAAGUUUUCGAGACGUCAAUUCAACCUUUCAAUUAUGAAGUGGAGUACAUACCUUGGCCUGUUGCAUUUAACUACCAUGAGUACAAUGAAUUAGUGUACGCAAUCUAUGACCAGAGAGACAAGUAUGAUGUAGCUGUUGGAGAUAUCACAAUUACUGAUAACAGAUCUACAUAUGUAGAUUUUACAUUACCAUUCACUGAUAUUGGCCUCGCAGUUGUGGCUGCCAAAGACAAAAGCAUGUGGAUUAUUUUUAAGCCUUUAAAACUUAGUCUAUGGCUAACAAUCAUAGGUUUCUUUAUCUUGACCGGGGUUGUAGUUUGGUUGAUAGAGCGGCACGAUAACACUGAUUUCCAAGGCUCUUAUGUCCACCAAAUUGGAACAUUGCUAAGUUUUGGGUUCUCGACCCUUGUCUUCGCUCAUCGGGAGAGGCUACAACAUAGUUUAUCAAGAUUUGUUGUUAUUGUUUGGGUAUUUGCGGUGCUUAUAUUGACCUCAAAUUACACUGCAACGUUGACAUCAGUGAUGACGGUUCAACAAAUACGGUUGAAAUCUCAAGAAAACAUUGGCUUCUUCUUAGACUCUGUUGCAGCAAAAGCGGUUUAUUAUGAUAAUCCUACAUUCCAAGGACCGAGAUACAAAGGGUUAGAGACAUAUGAUUAUAUAAAUGCUUUAAAGAAUGGAACAAUCUUGUUCAUCGUCGAUGAAGUUCCAUACGUAAAGCUACUUGUUGCUAGAUACCCUUCAGAAUUCUACAUUGUCAAAACCGAAAGCCUUACCAACGGCUUUGGAUUCGUUUUUCAAAAAGGAUCUCCUUUGGUUCAAAACGUUUCAAGAGAAAUCGCAAUGCUAAGGAGAACAGAGAAGCUAAAAGCCAUGGAGAACUGGUGGUUUCAUAGACAAACAAUAUAUGCCACAAGUGAUGAUACGAGCGAUCCCCUCACGGUUUACACAUUUCGCGGUUUGUUUAUGAUCACAGGAGUUUCUUUCGCAUUUGCUCUCACUAUCUAUCUAAUCCCCUGGAACCGAGACCAAAGACAAGUCUUUCUUAAACAUUUCCACCAUUUUGUUAAUCAUCGAUUUGGAAGAGUAAUUCGUCCGUCGCCCACCACACUUGCCUAG